UACUCCUUCCGGGUUCGUGACGCCCCGCCCCGUCAUGUCUUACCCACGUGUGUACAGAAAUGUGUUGAUAUUUUUCUAUCACUAAGUUCUUGUUUUUAUGAGGCUAUUUUAGCUGGAUUAAAGGUUAAUUUGUCGACAUGGAUCUCGCCUCAAAGGACGCGUACAUUCAAAAGCUCACAAGUAAAGUCCUGCAACGAGACCAGGAGCCAAAGAAGAGACCGUUUGCUUAUUUCAAGGCUAAAGGUGACGCUGGCCCUCCAAAGAAGAAGAAAAAAUGCAAAAAGAAGCAUUUUAAAGAAAAGGGCGCCAAUGAGAACACCCCUACUCCUAAAUCCCAACAAAAGCCUCCACCCUCUGCUGCAGCACAGAAAGGCCCAGCCACGGCAACAGUAAAUGGAUCCAAAACCCAGAGCAUCAAAGGAUCUACAACACGGCCGCCUAAAGGAGCAAAUGUUGAGUCCAACUUCUCCACAGUUGAUGUACUACGCAAGAGACUACAUGAAAAGAUUGAGGAGUCCAGAGGGCAGGUAACCCCAAAGGAUGCAUUGUCAGAGGCUGUCCAGGCAAAGCGAGCAAAACGAAAGCUGGAACGGGAGCGCAAGAAGAGGAAGAGGAAAGAGUUUCGGAUGAAGGAACUGGCUGAAAAAAGUGGCCAAGAAGAGCAGCCAGAGAUAAAACAGGAAGAAAAGGAUGCUCCGGCUGUAAGCAAAAGAAAUGAAGCUGCCAUCAUCUUCAACAAAGUGGAGACGGUGGAAGAGGGAUACGUAGACAAAAUUCAGAAAAAGAAGAACAAUAAAAAAAGCAUUAAGGGCCAGAUAACACCACUGACGGGAAAGAACUACAAGCAGCUGCUCAGCCGUGUGGAGGCUCGCAAAGCGAAGCUGGAACAGCUGAGGGAGAAAGACGAAGGGAAGGCCCGCGAUUUGGAGACGAAGAUGAAGUGGACCAACAUGCUUUAUAAGGCAGAGGGCCUCAAAAUCAAAGAUGAUGAGGCACUGCUGCGCACCUCGUUGAAGAAGAAGGAGAAGCGGCACGCGCAGUUGAAGAAGAACUGGAACAAGCGUAGCGAGAACGUCAUAGAGAAGAUGCAGCAACGUCAGGACAAGAGAAGAAAGAACAUCCAGAAACACAAGCAGGUCAAAGGAGAGAAGAAGAAGGAAAGGGCGCGUAAGAAAGGCAGAGUGCUGCCAGAGGACUUGAAAAAAGUUUAGAGGAAGUGUGUUAUGGUGUUUUAUGACACGAAAACAUAGGUAAUGUCUAAAUAAAGAAAAAGUGGUCUCUUUU